ACGCGUUAUUGUUUGUAUUUACAUAUAACUUGCUAAAGAAAAACAAAGAAAUAAAAUAGAAUGUUUGAUGUGGAACCCAUAAUAGCAGAUCACAAGGAUGUCAUACAUGAUGUGGUGUUCGAUUAUUACGGUCGCCGCAUGGCCACCUGUUCCAGUGAUCAAACAGUAAAGAUUUGGGAUGAGGACGACCAUGGCAAGUUUAAUGUCACAAGCAGUUGGAAGGCGCACUCCGGCUCCAUAUGGCGAGUCACAUGGGCAAAUCCUGAAUUUGGUCAAGUAAUAGCCACAUGCUCCUUUGAUCGCACUGCAUCCGUUUGGGAGGAAGUGCUGGGCGAGAAAGUGUCCAACAGCAAUGCCUACACACGAAGAUGGGUGCGUCGAACUACACUGGUGGACUCGCGCACUAGCGUAACAGAUUUGGAAUUUGCGCCAAAAUAUCUCGGACUGCUGCUGGCCACCGCUUCAGCGGAUGGCAUAAUUCGCAUCUAUGAAGCGCCCGACAUAAUGAAUUUAUCACAGUGGCCUGUGCAGCAUGAUAUAGCCAACAAGUUGUCGCUUAGCUGUUUGUCUUGGAAUACAUCAACCUAUAUGGUGCCCCAGCUGCUAGCGGCGGGUAGCGAUGAAGCUGCCACACCUACUGGCAAGGUAUUUCUUUUUGCCUACUACGAGAAUGCGCGCAAAUGUGUCAAAAUGGAGACAGUUAAUGAUAUAACUGAUCCUGUGACUGAUGUAGCGUUUGCACCCAAUGCAGGGCGGACGUUUCAUAUGCUAGCCGUGGCCAGCAAGGAUCUGUAUAUAGUUAAUAUACGCGGCGUUACUGACUCUACGGGCAAUGCGAAGCUGGAGCUGCAAACACUCAAGUUCAGCGAACACAAUUGCCCUGUCUGGCGCGUUUGUUGGAACAUGCUCGCCACCAUGCUCAUCUCCACCGGCGACGAUGGCUGCGUGCGCAUUUGGCGCAUGAAUUACGCCAGACAAUGGAAAUGCGCUGCUGUCUUAAAAGCGGAAGGCGGCGGCCCUACUUAUGAGCCUACUCCGCCCACGCCCACAAUGGCCACAACUGCCUCAGCUACAGCCAAGUUCUACAAGAAGGGUUCCAUAGGCAACCAGGUGCCUUGGCAUUAACGAUUCUCUGUGUGUGUACGUUUGUGUUUGUUUACAAAGAAAAAAAGAUUGUUACCCAUGUUAAGUUGAAAAUGAAUACAUACAAUUUAAGU